CUUGACUCCAAGCACUCCAGCCAGGGGCCAAUCAUAGCCCAAACCUCGGAAUCCACUGCAUCAUCGCCCAUUCAGAGUCAGUCAAUCAAUCAAUCUUCGACAAUUACUGACUGACCGAGUGUGCCUGACUGAGGUUCGACAGCUACCUCUACUUCCCAACGUACCAAGAAGCCUGCAAACACCCUCGAGCGCAAGCGUCGACCUCUCCCCAUCGCCAACUGAUACUUAUCCACCGGGAAACCUUCGCAAGCACUCUUGGGUGCCGCCUCUUUCCGAAUCCCCUCACUCAAUCAUACACAGCAAAUUCACAAUGGCCUCAGCCAUCCGUCCCACGCUGCUGAGGCAAACAGCCCUCCGCGCAGCCGCUCCCACCCGACCCAUUCUCUCAAGGACAUCGCCAUCGCCUUUCCAAUCCGCCCUGGUGACCAAGGAUGCCGCUGUCCGCGUAGCUGCUUUCCACGCCUCUAGCCGGAGAAGUCUUCUCCCUCCGGGACCUCAGGUUAUUAGGGGAACUGUCAACGACGCCGCCCCCGUCCCCGACCCGAGCCCCACCCACGGCUCCUACCACUGGACCUUCGAGCGCCUCGUAGCCGCAGGCCUAGUACCCCUAACAGUCGCGCCAUUCGCCGCGGGCUCUCUGAACCCGGCCCUCGACGCGAUCCUCUGCGCACUGCUCCUCGUGCACUCCCACGCCGGCGCCCAGUCCAUCAUCAUCGACUACAUCCCUCAGCGCAAGUACGGCGGCGCCUAUAAAGCUUCGAUCUGGCUUCUCAAUAUCGCGACUGUCCUUGCCGGUAUUGGACUGUACGAGUUCGAGACGAAUGACGUUGGUGUCACCGAGGCUAUCAAGCGUGUCUGGAACGCCUAAGAAUUCGCGAUGAAAUACGCAUUUCUCAGGUUGAUAUCGUUUUUUCUUGCGGGGGAGGAAAUCACGAGGGCUGGCUAUCACGGAUGCUCCGGGUUGGAAAAGUGUAACGCGCUCGCUCGCUGAUGUAAAGGGCACGAGAUACUAAGAUGCAGGAUGACCUUGAGCUGAACUGAGCUGUAUGAGUCGCGAGGACAAGAAACCAGGAUGACACCCCUUUGCAGGAGACUGUCUGUACCGCAUUAUGCCGAGGCCUGAAAAAAAGAAAGGGAUCCGAAUGAAGAGAUGGUCUUCGCUUGCAAAAUCGGAGCAAGUGCCCUAGCCGUGUAUCCAAUAUAAACCCGUAUCGUAUAUAAAGUAAACCAUUUUUUG